GCCUAGCCCAAUCAAAGCAAACUGCACAAUAAACCACACAAUGACAUAUUCUAUCCUGACUGACACAUAAGGACGUGCACGACAGCCAGCUGUUGGCGGAUAUCCAUGGUGAUAUCUCAUCCGAGGAAGGCGUGUCAUCUCCCCCAAUUACUAAGCACCCCUUUGUCCUCGGUUUAUGCCCAGCCAGCCAGCGAUACUCAUGGCGACUGCACCAGUCAAACAGCGCUCGGCAACGAGGGCGCAGCUCCCGCCCUGCUACUACGAAGGAUACCUGGAAAAACGGGGACCGAAAGAAAAGAUCUCUCGGCGGCUGUGGACCUGUCUGUGUGGGAACACCCUCUUCUUCUUUAAUAAUGCCAAGGACACUCACUAUGUGGAGAAGAUGGAUCUCAGUGGCUUUGUCUCACUGAAAGACGACUGCAGCCGAGACAGAAACCUUGAGGCAGCUAGACUCAUACUGCGCAUGAAGGAUGGAGAGACAAAACUCACAGUUGCCAAUCUAGAGGCUCGAGAGCUGUGGAAGGGUUUCCUCCAGUCUGUCAUAGAUCUGAGUGUGCCCAGCUGUUUGACGUUGCUGCCGGGGCAGGUGCAGAUGCUGAAAGAGGUGGUGGACCGAGAGAGGAACAGACGCAGAGCAGCACGCACCCCCACCCGCGCUCCCCCCUCCCCCCUAUCAGUACCUCUACUGGGGGAGAUCCCAUCGUGUUUCCGGCCUGUGUCGAGGACUGAGGCAGAAGUUCUGUUAGAGAGACAUCCAGACUGUGGCAACAUGCUGCUGAGGCCCGGCAGAGACGGAUCCUCAUUGGCUGUCACCACUCGCCAGGAUCUCAACGGGUCAGUGUUCAGACACUAUCGUGUGACUCAGAGAGAGCAGGGAGGAUAUGUGAUAGACGUUGAGAACCCAAUUCCCUGUGCUACGCUUCAUGAUGUCAUCGAUGCUUUGGUGGAGAAGACAGCAGGAACCCUACAGCCUUUUCUUCUGGAGGAACCUUAUGAGGAGAACAUCACGUUUGUUUCGUCCAAUGAUGAGAAUGGAGAGAGAAUCCUACACUGUGCCCCUUCCAGCCCACUACCCAAAGCCCCUGCCCUACCCCCCAAACAAGAGCGAUGGAAACCCCUACCCAGGUCUCCCGCUCCCGACCGCCGUAUCCUGUCGGCUGUGACAUCACCAGUACCGUCAUCACCCAGCAGCCCAAUGAGACGGCUCGUUCUCUCCCCCUCCCCACUCCUCGCACAAAGCCUCACAGAGGAGCUCAAAAUGAAACUGGAGAAGAGACGGACCAGUCAGGAGUGACUUCCUGUAAUUGCUCAGCCAACUAGUGGUCAGAACUCUUCCACCAGCAGCAGCAGCUCUCUUCUCUUCCUGUGCCUUCUGAUUGGUGGACUACAGAAUAGUUGCACAACUCUGGUCCUCAUGGAUCACAGUCCUGCUGAACCAUUGGUCUACAGUACCUUUAAAAGUGUUUCCCACCAUGUUUGGGUAACGCACCUUAUCCACCUGAGCUGUGUUCAGCAGCGUAAAUUUGCAGCCUCAAAACUUGACAGUUUUCAAGAAGGGAUAACCAGUGGGGUUGAGCAUUAGAUGAGCACACAAACACAAAGGACCAGUGACUGAGCCUGUUGUUACUCUGUUGUUCCGAUUGAGCCAAUGUCUAUUGUCCUGCUGCUGAUGUAACUGACGCCACACUUUAGAAGUGAGAGAGUGACACCAGAAGCUUGAGAAACCAGCCUAGAGAGAGAGACUAGAGCAGUAGUCACCAACCCUGGUCCUGGCUACUGGGUGUGUGGGUGCAGGCUUUUGUUCAAACCCAACACUAACACACCUGGAACUGGAACAAAAGCCUGCACACCUUGAACCUGUACACCACUGCACACCUUCCAGGUCCUGGGUUAAUGACCACUGGAUUAGAGAUUAACAUAUCUAGUUGUUCUCGUGCAUCUAGAAUGCCAAUGCUCUAAUCUAUUGUAUUAUGUUGGUGCUAUGAUGGUAUGGUGCUCUACUUGACUAAACCUUCUCUACUGUGUGUGUCGUUGCUACAACUCACGUAAAACCUUAUUUUCUACUGUGUGUGGGUGUGUGUGUGCUAGGCCUAGGCUACUGUUAGCUGACUAAACUCAACUCCAUGAUUUACGAUGGAGUUUAGCGGCGACUAGUGUGGGCAGACUGGAGCUCCGACAUCACAAUAAUGACGUU